AUGUUAGGAAAAAAUGUAUUUAGAUCUUUACAAAAGCAGGUCAAUAUAAUAAGAUGUUACAGAACCCACCUGAGUCUUAAGAAAUUUGAGAUAUUAUGCAGACGAACACAAACAGUUCGAUGUCAGCAUACAGUUAGUGAUACGAUAUUUAAAAGAAAUCAAAAUGACGUUGAUACAAGAAGUUGUAACUUAAACUCUUUUACACAAAGGACGCACACAUGUGGAGAACUAAAUCUAAGUCAUGUUGGAAACAAGGUUAUACUUUGUGGCUGGGUACAGUUUGUGCGUUUAUCAAAGUUUUUACUCAUCAGGGACUCGUACGGGCUAACCCAAUGUAUAGUAAGCGGCUCUGAUAUUGAUAUAAAAGAUUUACCAUUAGAGACUAUUGUUCAGAUUGAAGGGACUGUAGUAGCACGACCAUCCACAAUGGUAAAUAAAGAAAUGAUUACUGGAAAAGUGGAAGUCGUUAUUGACAAACUGAAAGUUUUGAACGAAGUAACAAAGUUGCCUUUUAAUUUAAGGGAUUAUCAGAAACCGAAAGAACAGUUACGUCUCCAAUAUCGCUACAUAGACCUAAGGUUUCCUGAGAUGCAGUCAAUUUUAAGAAAGCGGUCUGCAAUGUUGCAUGCUAUGAGAAAGUUUCUUAUAGAAGAACAUAAUUUCGUAGAAGUUGAAACACCAACGUUGUUCUGUCGCACGCCAGGUGGAGCGAGGGAGUUUGUUGUCCCCACACAUCAUUCCGGGCUAUUCUACUCUUUGGUUCAAAGUCCUCAACAGUUUAAACAGAUGUUGAUGGCAGGCGGAGUGGACCGGUACUUCCAAGUGGCUCGUUGUUACAGGGAUGAAGCCACGCGUCCCGACAGACAGCCCGAGUUCACACAGCUCGAUAUAGAACUAUCAUUUACAAGUUUAGAGAAUGUUCUCUCUCUGAUAGAACAAUUGUUAUAUGAAACAUAUCUCAUACAUCUACCGAAGCCACCAUUCAGAAGAAUUACAUACAGGGAGGCAUUAGAAACAUAUGGCAGUGAUAAACCUAAUAUAAUAUAUGACUUGUUAUUGAAAAAUGUUACAGAAUUAUUCCAACCCAAUACUGAUACAAACUUUGGAGCAUUUCUUCUGCCAUAUCCUAGCGCUGUGGGUAAACUUACAAGUAAACAUAAAGAAAAAAUAAAAGAACUAAGAAAGAAAUAUAAUGUGAAGGUCGUCUUGAAUGAAAACAUAUCAAAAGAGGUCGGUGAUGAGUUAAACAAUCAAAUAAAAAGUGAUGAUUGUCAUAAUGUUCUGUGUCUUGGUGAUAGAGAUGAUGUUUGUAUGUGUUUGGGAGAUUUAAGAGAAUAUUUGGCCAGUUUGUUGAAAUCUAAGAACCUUCUAUCGGUGAAGGAUAGUAUGGAGCCACUAUGGGUGGUUGAUUUUCCAUUAUUUAAUAAAGGAGAUGCAGGUUUGGAAACUUGUCAUCAUCCGUUCACCGCCCCACAUCCUGACGACAUACACUUAUUAGACACAAAUCCAUUAAAAGUGAGGUCACUUGCAUAUGAUAUUGUGUUGAACGGCAAUGAAAUCGGCGGUGGAUCCAUAAGAAUCCAUAACGGGGAUUUACAGGAGAGGAUCUUGAGGAUGUUGGAUAUUGAUCCGAAGCCGUUAUCACACUUUAUAAGUGCAUUACGAAGUGGUUGUCCUCCGCACGGAGGCAUAGCUUUAGGUAUUGAUAGGUUGAUGGCGAUUGUUUGUAAUACAGAAUCUAUAAGAGAUGUUAUAGCAUUCCCUAAAUCCCAUGAAGGAAAAGAUCCGCUCUCAGGAGCUCCCAACGAUAUAAGUGAAGACGAUAAAAAAUAUUAUCAUAUUAAGACAGAAUUGUGA